AUGGCGGCCCAAGGUACUCAAAAAGAAUCAAAAUCACCAAAGCCAAUUACAGGGGAAUUUGUCAGGACUGCACCAGCCUUCCGUGACUGGAUAACGGCGGAUGGAUCGUCCGGGUUUAAGUCCGAGGCAGGAAGAUAUCAUCUAUACGUUAGUCUCGCCUGUCCUUGGGCACACCGUACUCUGAUCGUCAGGAAACUCAAGGGACUGGAACAGGCCAUCACCUAUGACGUGGUUGAUUGGUUCAUGGGCAAGAAUGGGUGGUCUUUCACAGACCAGAAGAAUGGUUGUACUUUGGACACUAUCAACGGCUGUUCAAGGUUGCGGGAGGUAUACUACAAAGCAAACCCAGACUAUGACGGUCGUAUCACAGUCCCUGUCCUCUGGGAUAAACAGAAGAAAACAAUUGUCAACAACGAGUCCAGCGAAAUUAUCCGGAUGUUAAACUCCGAGUUCAACGCUUUCUGUGCCACUGAUGAACAGCAAAAGUUAGAUUUUUACCCGGAGCACCUCCGGACAAACAUAGAUGGAGUAAAUGAAUGGAUUUAUCCGAUGAUCAACAAUGGUGUGUACAGGAGCGGGUUUGCUAGAACUCAAGAAGCCUAUGAUGUAGCCGUGCGUGAAUUGUUCCAAGGUCUGGACAGGGUAGAGGAUACUUUGUCUAAAAGUCGUUACCUAACCGGAAAUGAGCUUACAGAAGCGGAUGUUCGCCUGUUUACUACACUUGUACGAUUUGAUAAGGUCUACGUUGGACAUUUCAAGUGCAACAAGAAGCAGAUUGUGGAUUAUCCUAAUAUAUGGGGAUACCUGAGAGACUUGUACCAAUUUCGGGGGAUUGCUGACACAGUUAACUUUGAACACAUCACUAAACACUACAUGAUGAGUCAUGAGUCGAUAAACCCGACAAGAAUAGUAUCCAUUGGACCAGAUAUUGACUUUACCACUCCACACGGCAGGGAAUCCAUGUCGAAAAUUUAGAAGGAUUUACAGACUUACAGUUCCGUUCGAAAUGAAUGAAAAAUAAAAGACGGUUAUUAGACUGUAUAAAACAUAAGGACAAGAACACCAACGAAUUGUCAAAACGGGAAACGUAGUUAUCUCCCACCAGAGCAUGCCAUGAUACCAUGUCAAUAUUGCUUAUUUUUCAGAUUUUGCUUUAACUUUAGAUGUUAUUUAAUGUAUAUUGAUAGAUGUUCAUCGCUUUUUAGCCCACCUUCAUCAAAUGGUGGGCUAUUCAAAUCGCUCUGCGUCCGUGGUCCUUGGUCCGUUCGUCCGUAAACAACUGAUCAGAAAAACAAAAUGGCCGACAGAUGGACGUCAUAGAUUUUGACUUUGAAAGAUUGUUAUCGCUAUUUCUUGAGAACUACAGCAUCGAUAUGUGUGCUUUUGGUACUGAUCAGAAAAAAAUAACAAAAUGUCCCACAAGCCGCCAUUUCAUUUCAGAAUAUUUUGUCUUGAUGUUGGUGACAAAUGGAAUUGGGCAACAGGCAGAGCCUAUGAAAGCCCUCUCCAUACAAUUUAAACAAGUACACAGACACAUCAAUCAAAAUUUUAGAUAUUAAAUAAUAAUGAUAGCAUUCCGGGAAAAGAAUUUAGAAUAUAGAUUCAGUUGAAUAAUUAUCUAACAAAAAUGUUAGGCAAGCAUUACCAUCAUUUAAAUUAUAGUGUUAAAGAAUAGAAAGAUGUGAUAGGUAAUAUAAUUAUAUAUAACAAGAUGGAGUCAAAGUUUGUCAAUUGAUCACGGCACAGGCUGCCGGUUCAAAAAGUCCAUAUACCCACAAUCCUGAGCCGAGUUACAGUUUGUUAACACUAUUUCUUGAGAACUACUCUAUAGAACUUUCUCUAAUUUCUUGUAUAGGUCCUAUUGUGACUGUUUGAGUUAGGAAAACCAAAAUGGUCUACAGUCAGCCAUCUUGAAUUUUGCAUAGUUAAGAUUGUAAAUGCUAUUUCUUAAGAAGUACAUUUCAUAUUAUGUUUCGUUUUGUCUCUCCAUGUGCUCGUUUGAUUUUGGCAAUGAGCAGAAAAACAAAAUGGCUUCCAGGCGGCCAUUUUGGAUUAGGCAGGUAAAAAUUAUCGUCCCUAUUUGUGCAAAGGAAGAUUCAAAUGUCUUAUCAUUAAUAACAAAAACAGAGAAGAGAAGAAUAAAGGAGGCAAAAGAUCCAACUUUCAAAGAGCAUAUAUAUACCAAGCAAUGGUGGGCGCCAAGAUCCCUCUGGGACGUCAUGUUUGUCUACUUGUCAGGCGUUUUCAUUGCGAAGAACCGAACUCUUGGAAAAUGUACUUUACUUUUCAAAUGUCAAAAGUCAGUCUACCAAAAAUCGAAUUUAAUUAUUUUGAUAUAGCUAUUAUUUGUCAUAGGGAGACUGAUAAUAAAACACGUUUUAAGUAUUUCCAAAAAUUACAAUGUAAUACUGUACUCUCUAUCUGGUUUGAUAACUGUAAGUUAAACAAAAUAUGAUGUGCUGUUCUGUUCUUCUUUUUUGUUUAUAGCCCU